GGUGAAGCAGCUCACGGCAAGGCACGGCGCUAUGUUGCGACACUUCCCACUCCGGCCCGCGGCGUUGCCGUUCCUCGGACCGGAUAGCGGCCGUCCGGCGCGCCGCCGCCGCUCCGCUCCGCCGCCGACAGUAUUGUGUAAACCCGCUAGGGGAAUAUACGCAUUUUUGCACAUAAAAAUACCAAUCCAUAUUCAUAUUCUCGUCACAUUUAACCAUUUAAAAUGUUUUUUAAGUAAUCAGCUACGAAUUCUGUGAGAAAUUUCAAGAGAAACCGCCAUUUUGAAACCGGAUAGCAUCAGUUUGAAGAUCGAUAAUGUCGGACUCGGACACAAGCUCGAGCAGACAGCGCUUCUCCAAGAAGAUGAUCCCGACGCGCGAGCUGAUCGCGCAGGUGCGCCAGCGCCGCUGCCUGUGGGACCGCCGCCACGCCUCCUACCGCGACAAGAUCUACAAGGACAAGUGCUGGCAUGAGAUCUACCUCGCCUUCGAGCCCGCAUACGAAUCGCUCAAUGACACCAAGAAGAAUCUUAUAGGUAAUAUAAUCACAAGGAAAUGGUACAACGUGAGAGACUCAUACGUGAAGUCGCGGAAGCCUGGCGUGCGGAGACCCUAUCUAUACGCCCAGGAGUUGGAGUUCCUAGACCCCAUCUACCUUCUGGACAGGAAGGGUAACGAAAAGAGCUUCAUAGAGGAGCGCAUCUCCAACGACGACGAAGCAGACGCGGAUGCGGAGGCGGACAACACGCACAGCUGGCUGCAGGAGGUGUUCGUGGACAUCUCCGAGGGCGAGGGCGACACGCAGCCGCCGCCCGACUGCCCCCCCAAGCGCGCCAAGCUCGAGUUCAGCAAGGAGGACGGCGACGAGAGCAUCAUCAGCGUCCUCGCCAACCUCAUACAGAAGGAGGAGGACGAGGACCGCGCCUUCUUCAAGUCCAUCACUCCCGCCGUCAAGACGCUCUCCGACAACGCCAAGUUUGAGUUCAGGAUACAAGUCAUGAAGCUCCUACACAGUUUGAAGAUAAGAGACCGCGACGUUGUGAAACUUAAGAGAGAAAGGACUUCCAAUGUGGACUCAGAUAGCGACUGAUUGUUGAUUAUUAUGUUAUGUGUAAUCCAAACUAAUAUUAUAAAUGUGAAAGUAACUCUGUCUGUCUGUCUGUCUGUCUGUCUGUCUGUCUUUCUGUCUGUCUGUCUGUCUUUUCUUCACGCCUAAACUACUGAACCGAUUUGUGUGAAAUUUGGUACAGACAUAGUUUGAAACUUGAGAAAGGACAUAGGAUAGUUUUUAUUACAAAAAAUGAAAAUAAAAAAUAAAAUUUAUUCCGGACAUAUAGCGCCAUCUAUUGGUCAAAUCAAAAAUCUGCUGGUAGUCACUAUUCCACGCGAACGAAGUUGCGGGCAAAAGCUAGUUAUUAAAUAAUUUUAAGUAAGUAACACUAUUUUUCUAUUUCAAGUGUUAUUAUUAGACAGGAAUCAUUAAUUAAUUAUUGUGUAGUAAGAAGGACGUUGUGACAAGAAAGGAAUAAGACAACUAAGUUAUCGGAAGUGAAUAUAAAUACCAAUUUUUUAUUUUGUCCUUAAUCUAAACAAUUAAGUAAGAUAAUAAAGCGUGUAUCUUAACUCGUGUUUAUCUUGAGGAUUAUAAACAGUGCGUUCCACGCUGCUUCAAGCUAAUGUAACCCUUAUAGUGAACAAUCAUUUUCUCAUUUUAUUUUAUUUUAUUUUAUGAUUUUGUAUUCUUUUUAAAUGUUUUAAUUUUGACUAUUUGUAUGUUUUAGUUUAUAAUUUUGUAUGUGUUAGUUUUUUCUUUUUUAAUAAUGUAAGUAGGUAACUGAGUAACUUACCAUUUUUUAAUAAUUGAGAAUUAUGCCAUUUCAUACCGAUAAAAUUU